ACGCUUUUUUUUUCUUCAUUUCCUCUAUUAAUUAGCAUUUGUAUUUAUCGCCAUGAUAGGUCAUAUUUUUUAUUCAUGCAAAGAGGGCGCUAGUUGUGAAUGAAAAUUUUUAACGUAAAAGGUCGUCUGUUACUUCAGGCAUGCGCAUAUUCUUCUCUCAUGUUUGAUAUUGAUAACAUAAGUAAACACUACCCCUUUCAUUCUGCAUAGGAAAUGAGUUAUGAUUGUAUAUUGCGGUGAAAGUUAUGCAUAUGGGCGAUUUUUAUGUCUGAUUCGUUUUUAUUAUUUCAAUCACUCUGCCUACACCAAUGUCGAAAGACACGAAAGUUAUUAUCAAGAUUCUGCUUGAUUUAAUUCUUCUUUUAUUAGUUGGUAUCCCAAUUUUACUUUUCCAUUUGCAUGGAAAACCCUUCAAGAGAGGUUUCUUUUGUGAUGAUGAUAGCAUAAGAUAUCCUUUCAGUGAGUCAACUAUAACAAGUAAUGCACUUUAUGUUAUCGGAGUGUUUCUUCCUAUAACAGUGAUCAGCUUGAAUGAAUUUGUGACUGAGACGAGAACAACUAGAGAUGACAGAGGAAAAGUGUACAUUUUUCGAGGACGUCCUGUACCGAACGUAAUUUGGAGAAUCUACAAGAGAGUGGGGAUAUUUCUUUAUGGUGCUUGCAUGUCACAACUUACCACAGACAUUGCAAAAUAUAGUAUUGGUAGACUGCGUCCUCAUUUCCUGGAUAUCUGCAAACCGUCUGUUAAUUGCUCUCUUGUUGCUGAUCCUCAUGCCUAUCAAACUGAAUUUGAAUGUUUGAAUACAGAGAAACCUUUUUAUGUCAGAGAAGCUAGACUAUCAUUUCCUUCUGGGCAUUCAUCGUUUUCUGCUUAUACAAUGAUAUUUACAGUGCUUUAUCUUCAAAGCUGCAUGUGUGUCAAAGGAAACAAACUUUUGAAGCCUUUUAUACAAUUUAUUUUAAUUAUGAUGACUUGGUACACUGCUUUAUCAAGAAUUUCAGACUACAAGCACCAUUGGAGUGAUGUUUUAAUUGGUUUUCUUCUAGGAACCCUCGUUGCCUCAAUCAAUGUAUUUUGUGUUUCAGACUUCUUCAAUAAAAGGAAACAAGAAAAUGAAAAUUUUGUGUUACAAGAUAUAGCAAUAGAAAGUCCUGUUUCAAAUUAUAAUACAAUGAAUAAAGGUCCUGAUGAGGGAGUGCGGUAACUUGUAUAUUUAUGUUUGUAAGAAGGGAGGCUUGCAAUGCUGUAUUAAUUUAUUGUUUUCAUGCAAGCCUCCUUUCCCUGUUGCAAUUAUGUUAAAAUUGUUUAUUUUACCAUUCAUGAAGUUUUUCUAGCAAUACUAAACAAAAGUAUAAUAAAAUUAUUUUGAUUUAAAAACAUCAAAUUUUAAUCAGCAAUGCAAAUUUAUUCAAAAAAUAAGGUUUUAAAAACAUUUUGUAGGUUUUUAUUUUUAUGGAAAAAUAUUUAUUUGCAUUCAAACUUUUGAAUAGCGGAUGCAUAUUAUUUCAGUUAGUGGAAUACAUUAUUUCAUUAAAAGUAUAGUUAUAUUAUAUUGAGUUUUUAUGCAUAUAAAAAGAAUAGUGCGCAAUGCAAAAUUGUGAAAAAUAUGAUAAAUUAGAUUUUAGAGUUUUUUUUUUCUUCUUCAAAUGCAAAUUACAUCCUUACUGAUGUAAAUUAAUUCAAUAUUCUGAGUACAAGGGAAUUGAAUAACACUGUUUUGUGAAAAAAAAUUGCAUACAAUUUUCAUGCAAUAAUUAUUUUUAGACAAAUAUUUAUACUCUUACAGCUGUGUAGAGGUUAUUUAUGUUACUUAAAUGGUUUUUUUUUUAACUACUUAGAAAUAAAGCUUUCAGUGUAUUUUUUACGAGGAAAUGUACCCAAAAUAACCAAAAAUAAACUUUAAUUUGUUUGUAUGCUGAAUAUGUCUGAUUUAUAUACUUUUAUCUGCUUCGAAUCAUUUAUGAUUGAGAAAUUUUUUUUUAUUUUUGUUUAAAAACCUGUUAAUAAACUUAAAUUCAUGUACUUUCAAACUGAUGUAAUCUAUGAUAAAAUCAUAGCUCUCUUACUUUAAUUACUAAUUCUAGAAUAAUAUUUAUAAGUUUUGUGAAAAAUGAGUGUUUUUAAAGUUGCCUGUCUUUUCUCUCUCUUUUUUUUUUCCUUCUUUUCUUUUAUCAUUACAAUAAUAUCAAAUAGCCAAGCAUAUCACAAUAUAAAAAUUAGUUUUUUAAAAAAACUAAUAUUUUACAUCUGCGUUUCCACCUUUCUUCCAUGACUUUAAAACCAAUACUUUUAUUAUUAAUGUAAAAUUUUAAAUGAAUUAUAUAUUAUUUUAAUCUGGAUAAUGUAUUAAAAUAGGUUUAGUAUUCACUUUUAAUUCCUGUCAAAUUAAAUUAAAAGAAUUUUUCUUAUUUAUUUAAUAUAUUUGAGUAGAUUUAGUCAAUAAGAAGUUUAAAAGAUACUUAGGUUUGUAAAAAAUAAAGCAUCUUGAUAUGAUUUACUAUCAUAAUGAAUUCCUAACUCUUUAUGUAAUAAUCAUAUGCAGGUGAUUAACAUCACUCCAGAAUAGCAAAAUUUAUUGGAGAAAGAAAAGCAUAAAAGUUUUUUAAAGUAUGUUUUCCUGUAAUAUUUGCAUUUACAUUAGACUUUCUUUUUUUUCCCAUAAAAAAAUUUUUUUUUUUUAAUGUUCCAAGGUUUAUCUGUGAUAAUUAAUUUGAUGCAUUUUAUGAAUCAAAAGGGUAACUAUUUUAUUUGUAUUAUUGUUGCUAGAUUUAGAAAUUUAGCUAACCAUAACUGUUUUUAAUUCUAAGAGAAAAUUAGCUGCAAAUGAACCUUUUUCUGUUCUUAUUUUUGUUUUUCUUUUAAAUUGCCAAACUAUAUUAUGGUUGAAUUUAUCAAAAUAAAUAUUCUACUGAUAUAUUUUAUUAAUUUUCUUUAUACUUCAUUUACUAUAAGUAACUUUUAAAUCCUGUGAUAAGUAUAAUUGUUGAUGAAUAACAUUGGAAGAUGCAAAACAUUUAAUAAUUUUAAGUAAUACGUUUAUCAUGCCUGCCUGUUCACCUUAAAAUUAUUUAAGAGAUGACUAUAUUUGUCAAGGUCAUUUAAGAUUGUUGACAAAGCCUCUUUAGUCAUCUAAAAGAGCACAUUUUAUGUGCUAUUUUUAUAACUGUUUGAAUGAGUUUUGUCCAUCUGUAACCAACAUCCUCUAUGAGAGUGAUGCAAAAUUGAUUCAAUAUGAAGAGGAAAAGACUCCAAAUUUAGGAAAAAGCAUUUAUAAUCUUAUUUUUAAUUUAUUCAAUGAUUAUAAUAAUUUUCAUCCAAGUGAAAAAAAAUAUUGACCGCAUUGUUAAUAUCUUUUUUAAAAAAAUCGUAAUUCUUUAAAUAUUAAAAUAUUAAUAGUAUAAAAGUAAAAGCUUAAUUUUAAAGUGCUUGCUCUCUUGUCUAAAGAAAUUCGAAAAGCAUCUUUAAUAUAAUUUAUCUGUUUUCAUAGUCAUUAUUUUUAAGUAAAAUAUUUUAAAAAGUAUCUAAACUUAAAUAUGUAAAUGUACUUAUAAAUCUAAAAUAAUUAAUUUGUUUUUAUAUUUUAGUUAUUACAGAAUAUAUACAAAAUUUAUGUUUCAUACUAAAUGAAAAUUGAUUGGAGUUUAUUGAGAUAGUGAGGAUAAUACGAAAAGGUUUCUUCUGUAACUGCAUUUUCAGGACUUGUUAGACUUGAUAUUCAAUAUCUUUAAAUUGGACUGCAUGUCUCAUCAGUGAUUUUUUCCCUUGUUUUUAUUAACUCUACGAGGUCAAGAUAUCUGACAGUUGUGAACUAAUUUCAGUGUGGCUUUCCUAAAAAAUUUGAUAUGCAAAAAAUCACAUAAUUUAUACUUUAGUUGCGACAGUUGCAUAAUUGAAAUUUUUUUUUCAUUGAGACUAAAAAUUGUGUCUCAUAGUUAUUCUGAAAUAAAACUCUGGUAAUUAUAUUUAUGUGUACAUAUAAAGGACAUAAAAGCAAUUUUAUUAAUUUCUCAGUAAUUCAUGCAAAGCUUUAUAUUUUUCUCUUUUGAAUCAAACUUGUAUUGGGCAUAAG